CACAGACCGGUCGUGUCGCAAAACAGCGAUUCUUGUGAGGUGCCUUUGCCAAAUCUACGACCACGACACCAGGAGCUGAUCCCUACGCCGUUUGGUCCAAUCAAACCCUGGGCAGAACUGCCAUGCCCCAUAAAAACAUACUUUUGCUUAGCCAUCAUCUCCCUUCUUUGUGUGCUCGGCUUAACGAUCUCCAACCUUGUGCAACAGAGUAAUGAAGAUUCCACCGUGUCCCUCAUACAGCUGAUCGGAGUUGUGUUCUGCAUCUAUUAUGUGACCCGGGGCAUCCUACAGGAGAACCGCCAAGAACUCAUCGCCUUUAUACUCUCCAUUCUGCUGGAAAUGAUUCGCGCCAUCAUCAACUUCAGUGUUCUCUCCAAAGAUGCCAAGCCUGAUAUACAGCCGCGAUUUAUUGUGAUCCUCCUUGUCGGUCUGUUCCACGUGGUCUGUGCUCUGAGCCUGGUGUUAGGGCAGAAUAUGAUGGCGUUCCGGGUUGGGGGUGCACUGGAGAGUCUGCAGGUGCAAUACUACAUGCUGAACCUCUGCGUCUCACUGCUGACCUUUGACCUACAAGCACAGCUGUGUCUCACUGUCCUGGUCCUGGUCUCUGGCCUAUAUGAAAUCUCUACACUUCAUAGCAUCAUACUUGGCAUUGGCUUAUUCUGGGCUUUUCUGAAAGUCACCAUCGGCAUUCUAGCUAUCCUAAAAGAACUAAAGCCACUGGUGUGGAUCUUUCUGCUGCAGAACCUUCCUGAAGUGGCCUAUCUCAUUUAUCUCCUGUACAAGGUGGCGAUGGAGUGGGGGAAGGGAGACUCCUACACCUUGGAGGCUGCAGCUGUGACGGGCUCUUUCAUCUCGGUGGUCAUUAAGUCUGUCCUGUUUUGGUCUCUGUUCCAUGUGUAUCGCAUUUUUGGCCAGGGACUGAUGGAGAGA